CUCAUCAUCUCAAAAGCCUCCCCGAGGACACCAAUGUCAUCCAGAUCUGGCAGCACGAGAGGCUAUGAGACUAGCAGCCAGUCACAGGAUCAUUCAGCUUCCCCACCAGUCCCAGAGUCUAGUGACCCUGAGACUGAAGGUUUGGUAUUUUAUCACAUGGAUCUUUAUGGAUCAAAGGAGAGGUUUGAUAUCUUUCCUGAAGAGUUCUCUGGUCGAGGAGACAGAUCUCUGGGGGAUACAAGGGAAUCUACAUUGAGUAGUGAAAAAGUUCAGCGCCCACAAGAAGUUGGCUAUGACUUGGAAAAGGAGGUUGCAGAGUUGGCUAAGAUGUAUGGACUUGAUGAGGAUAGAGAAAAAGAGCUUGAGCUUCUUGGAGGACAUCUGGAGAAGGUGGAGAGCAGAUGGCCACCUGCUCGCACAGAAAAAGCAGGAUCACAAGGCUCCAUAUAUAACACAUCAAAAAGCAGCCCUUCCGUGAAAGAUCCAAAUCAGAGCACAAAGCAACAAGGACUUCCUGAUGAGGUUUCUCAAGGUGAAAAUCAGAGCAAAGCCAGAGCAGAUGAUGAGGCUGAGAGCAACAUAUGGUCCAGAGGGGGGCUAAGCAGUGGUGGCAUGUCAGAGGAAUGGAACAGUCAGGCUGUCAGUGAGGAGGAGGAAGAGGAGGAAGAGGAAGAAGCAGCAGAUGUUUUUUGUUCUACCUGCAAGAUACCAAUCCGAGCUUUUGACAAACUAUUUGGUGAACACAAGGAUCACGAGGUUGCUCAGCUCCCCAGUGCCCUGGAAAGUGAAAAGGAGGAGAUCCAUAAAAACAUGUGCAGGUUGGAGGAACAGAUUGCUCAGAUGGAAAAUGUUGCCAGCCAUUUGGAGGAAAUCUUCAUCACUGUAGAGGAAAAUUUUGGGAGGCAGGAACAGAACUUUGAGGUGCAUUACAACGAUGCAGUGCAAGUGCUUGCACAGAAGUAUGAAGAGCAGCUGGAAGCACUGGGAGAAGAGAAGAGGCAGAAGCUGGAAGCUCUGUAUGAGCAGCUGGUCAGUUGUGGGAAACAUCUUGACACCUGCAAGGAGCUGACAGAUGAAACCCAGGAGCUUUUCCUGGAGAAUGACAAAGCUGAAUUUAUGAAGGCAGCAGUAACCAUGGUUGACAGGCUGGAAGAAUUCUUAAAGAAAGAAGUGGAUUUAGAGCUUUCAACCCUGCCAGACUUUGAAGAGAGAGUCAUAGAUGUCUCUGAAGUUGAACAACUAAUGAACUCCAUUAAUACUAUUCCAGCUCCUUGUGCCCCUGUGAUCAAUCCCCAGGCUCCCAAUGCAGCAACUGGCACUUCACUGAGGGUUUGCUGGGGCCUGUUCUCAGAUGACACUGUGGAGUGCUACCAGCUGUGCUACAAACCAGUGAGCAACGAGAGGCACAGUGAUGGGCAAGCAGAGCAUACACUAAAAGUCAAAGAAACAUACUGCACCAUUACUGACCUGUUGCCAAAUACACAGUAUGAAUUUUGGGUCAGUGCUUUAAAUGCCUCCGGUAUCAGUCCACCAAGUGAAAGAGCAGUUUAUGUAACAGCUCCUUCACCACCUAUCAUAAAGAAUAAAAAGAUCCAAAGCUGUGAAAAUGCAGUUCUGGUGUGCUGGGAAUCCAGAGACAUCAACCCUGUUGAUUCCUACACGGUUGAAUUGUCCAAGCUGACAGAUGAAGAAAAUGAUGAUAUUAUUACUGAAUCUAUUGUUGGGAUCCCUAACUGUGAAGUCCUAAUUCACCUCCAGCCAACACAAAAGUAUCACAUCUGUGUCAGAGCCCACAACCUGGGUGGCUCCAGUGAAAGAAGUGACCCUAUCCUGAUACACACCACAGGCACCUGCUUCCACCUUAAUGAGGACACAGCCCAUCCUUUACUGGCAAUUCUAGAUGAUGGAUUUACCAUUUCAUGUGAUGAACUGGAAAACCCAGAGUGUGAUCUGCCUGUCUAUGAUAACAGCUUUACAAGAUGUAUUGCGAUCCUGGGCAGUCUGAUCCCAUUUCCAGGAAAGCAUUACUGGGAGGUGGAAGUUGAGGAAGAUACAGAGUACAGAACUGGUGUGGCUUUUGAGAACACUCCAAGACAUGGGCACCUGGGGGCAAAUAACUCAUCCUGGUGCAUGAGGCACAUCAUCACACCCUCAAGGCACAAGUAUGAAUUCCUGCACAGCGGGAUGACACCCGACAUCAGAAUUACUAUUCCCCCCAGAAGGAUUGGCAUCCUGCUGGACUAUGAGAACUGCAGACUGUCAUUUUUCAAUGCAGAUAUUGGCCAGCAUCUUCACACAUUCAAGUCACGCUUCCAGCAUUAUGUCCAUCCCUGCUUUGCACUGGAAACACCUGGUAUCUUAAGGAUACAUACUGGAAUUCCAACACCCCCAUGGACUGCCCUGCCAUAAACCUGUGUUCUGCAGCUACCACA